AUUUCUUAUUGCACAAACAUUGACAAUAACACCAUCGAUGGGCCACAAAGUCCAAGGGUCAAGGUUUUCGAUCGGGAACUCAAACGAAAACAGCGUGACCGAGCUGCUUGGUUGAUGAGGCCAAGUGAUCCUUUUGUGGAUGCUGGUGCUGACAAUUUGUUGGAUCGCUUGGAGGAUUGCAAGAAAACAUUUCCUACCGCGUUGUGUUUAGGAGGUUCUUCGGAAGCUGUCAGACGUUUGUUACGUGGUCGUGGCUCCAUUGAAAAGCUUAUCAUGAUGGACACUUCAAAUGACAUGGUUAAAUUAUGUAAGGAUGCUGAAGCUGCUCAACAAGAUUCAAAUCAGAAUAUUGAAACGUCCUUUGUGAUGGGAGAUGAGGAGUUUCUACCUAUAAAAGAAAGUUCGGUAGAUUUGGUUAUCAGUUGCUUGGGACUCCUUUGGACAUAUGAUGUUCCAGGAGCCAUGAUACAGUUAUGCACUUCUUUAUUAUGAUUUUCUUUUAGCUUUUAGCAUCUUUCUCAUACAUGAUAUCCUCCAGAAUUUGUAAAUGCAUGCGACAUUAGAGGAUGGAAACCAUUAGAAUUAUUAACCCCAGGAGAAAAAACUACACAGAUGAAGCAUACAUGU